AUGAAGGCAUGGUAUGAGUCGGACUCCUACAAAAGCUUUGCUGCCGAAGUGGAUGAGUGGCAACAAACAGAAGAGGCGAAAACCACCAAGAAGCCGGGGAAGAGCUUUCGUGCUUGGCGCCGGAAGAAGCUUCAGGGCAAGCGCCUUGCCCAGAGGCAGGCCGAUCGUGAGCGUGCCAAGGCUGAAAAGAUGGCAGCCAAGCUGAAGGCAAAGGCUGAGAAGGGUGGAAAGCCUGGAAAAAAGGCCAAGGCAGAGCAUUUCCCCGCUGGCGAACCUGAGGAGCCUGUUGUAUUGCCAGAGCUGCUGCAGAAAGAUCCUUUCUGGGACACUUGCUUGGACUCCCCGGAGGCCACCUUGACCUCGGCCGAUGUGAUGCUGGGUGAUCGGGUGGCGCUCGCCGCUGCAAAGCAGGGAGGUGCCAAAGGUCUCGAGGCUCUGAAGUGGCUUCAGAGGCAGCCCGAGAAGGCAUCCUCCUUCUUUAGAAAGUCCUCAGCAGAUUGUCAGGAAACCGCGCUCCACCAUGCCUUUCUUCACCAGGAUUUGGAGAUGAUACAGAUUCUCGCAAAAGAGGCCAACCGAAGGAACAACGGAGAUUAUGUCCGGGGCAGUAUCAAGGACGGGAUCAUGACCUUUGAGCUCAAGCCUGGUGCGCAGAUCUGGUUUUGGCCUCCCAAUGGGCAGAAGAUGAACUAUCGGACUGGUCCUUCGGAGCAAGAUGGCUUUGUGCAUGCCAAGGACAAGACCACUCCAGCAUUGUCUCCAGGAGAUUUAGUUCGUGUUCGAGAACUUCGUGGUUCCUGGAUUCGAACCGAUGAAGGUUGGGUGCCACUGAACAAUGGUGGAAGCAACUUGGUUGCAAGUCAACUUUCUGACGUCACACAAUUGAACAAUGAUUGA